AUGGGUAGGGACGAAGCUUCGGAACAGCCGCUAGGUGACAAAACUCCUGCUGCAUGGAUCUUCUCGACGAUGGAUCUUCUCGGACCCGGGAGAAUUACGACGCUGAUUGACAAGGACGGACGAACCUGGAUGCAACGACAACCCGAACUAGAGUGGGCGCUGUUAGGAGCCGACAUCGGGGCUGCAUUAAGCAACGAAACCCAAAAGAAAACUCAACAAGGAGUGACUGGACGGAUGACUGAGCCGGCGAACAAAAGUGACUGGUCGGAGUGA